AUGACGACGACCUUCAUCCCUCCUACCGGAUCCUUUACGUCGGACGUGGAAUCGGCGGAACGAGCGACGAUGACGUCUUGGUUGACGGAGGAGAGGGUCCUGAUGAUGAACAAUAUGAGCGCUACGCUGGCUGGAAUAUCCGGGCUGUUCUGUUUGGUGGUGUUGGGCAUCGUCGCGGUCCUCUACUCGAGACAAGAGACGCGAAAGGCAUUGGAUCGCCUGUCAUUCAGAUUGCUGGUGUACGCAUUGGUUGCGGACAUCAGUUACAUUAUCUGUGUCAAAGUUUCGGGCGGGUUCUGGUGCGUUGCUGGCCCAUGGUUGAUCCAGUUCUGGCUCGGUGUCGCAAACUGGUUCAUCCUGUGCAUAGCCCUCAACCUGCAGCUCGUCCUCGUCCAUUCGGUCGAUGGCCUAAUGCUCGAGAAAUGGUAUAUCAUCGUGCCAAUUGCACUCAACCUCGCAAUCAGCCUUCCACCAUUGAUCAAGGGCAAAUUCGGCUGGGAUCCAGUCAUUGGCGUAUGCUGGUUGACCGACCACAGCGUGCACAACCGGCUGGUGUGGCAGAUAGCAACACAGCUACUGUGGAUCGUGCUGGCGGAGGUUAUAACCAUGCUAUGUGCCGGCAUCACAAUUGCACAUCUAUAUAAACACAAGUUUACAUCCCUCAAAGUCAUCAAACGAGACUCUUCGCAUCAGAGCUCUCACCUAUCCAACAACUCCAACGGCAAAGGCAAUGCCGACUUCCACGCCAACCUGGCCCGCAGAACCGCAAAUAAUCUGACCACGCAACGGGGCUUCCGCAACGUCAUCGUGCGAAUCUCCCUCUACCCAAUCGUAAUGACAAUCGUCAAUAUGAUCAUCACGAUCGGGGACAUCCGGAUAUCGACGGCGGGAAUCCACACGAGCGAGGACUACUACCUAUACGCGGUAUACUACGGGCUGUACGGGGCGCGGGGGAUCUUCUACGCGAUCAUGGCCGUUCUCGACCCGAGUUUCAUGCGCGCAAUCCGGAUCUACCGCGGCGAAACCCUCGAUAGCAGCCACCACUCGCAGUCGUGCACCGACACGGGCGCAGGCAUCAGCGUGCACACCGAGACAAGGUUCGAGGAGGAGUUCGCCUCGCCGUCGCGCGGCGGCAUCGAUGUGGAAAUGCAGCCUGUGGGACUCAGGACUAAUGUUGUCGGUGGCAGCGGCGCCAAUAACAUUAAUAUUAACAAUAAUAACAACAACAGCGACGACGCGAGACAUACCCAUUGGGGAGCUGAGAGCGAUGUCUCCGUCGACUCGAGGAUCAAGGAGUCCCCUGACGAGGAGGAUACAAGCUCGAUUGCGGACCUGACAAAUGAGGCGCAGGGCGAUAGGAUACAGGAGAUCCGCGGGCAGCAGAAGGAGCGCGCGAGGAUGAGACAUGAGGCCGAGAGAGAGUUUAAACGGCAGAUUUAG